GACUACAUCAUCUGAGGCUAAUGAGCAAGUCAAUUUCUCUGUAACCGAGAAGGUUUUAUCUGGCGAACCUGAAAAUUGCCAAACUGUUUCACCUGUUGAAGCAAGUAAUUCCGGGAUUCAUAUUGCACAACAACCUAGCAAGCAUACUGAAGAUACUCAGCAAAGUACACAAUUUUUCGAUGGUUGUCCUACCUCUGAAGGGUCAAAGGAUGCAGUAGAUGCUGAUGCCGCUGGACAAGUUUUGCCUCAGCAGUGCGAGGAAACAAUUUUAGAAAAAAAUCUAACAGAAGUUGUAGACGUCCCUGAGACUCGGUCAAUUCUGGACAAGGAUGCCUUAAAUGAAAACCCUAAAGCUAGCUCCUUGGCUAAUCUUCGGAGUGAAGCUGUGGCAGAUUGCCAGGAAGAGGAUAAGACUGCUGCAUCCGGUAGGAUUAUGACAUCUGCGACUUCUGUUUCAUACCCCGCUGAUCCGGAUGCCAAGAGCUCUCAAGUCUUAUCUGAAAGCGUUGUGUCUGAGUCUGUUGGUUAUGUUAUAAGAGACUCCGCAUCCAAGCUGGUGGAGUCAAAUUCUCAGUCUGACACCAUUCCAAUAGACAAAUCAGGGACAAUGAUUGACGGUAAAGAAUGUGAAGCAUUUCCUCUCAAACCUGAAGAAUCGCAACAUCUAAGCCAAGAUGGAGCACCUGCUGUCAGUCUUACAUCUUCAGUAGAUUUACAUAUGGUGACCACAUCAUCUGAGGCUGAUGAGCAAGUCAAUUUCUCUGUAACCGGGAAGGUUUCAUCUGCCGAACCUGAAAAUUGUCAAACUGUUCCACCCGUGGAAGCAAGUAAUUCAGGGGGUCCUAUUGUACAACAACCUAGGAAGCAGACUGAAGAUACUCACCAAAGUACACAAUUUGUCGAAGGCUGUCCUGCCUCUGAAGGGCCAAAGGAUGCAGUAGAUGCUGAUGCCGCUGGACAAGUUUUGCCUCAGCAGUGUGAGGGAAGAAUUUUAGAAGAAAAUCUAACAGAAGUUGUAAACGUCCCUGAGUUUCAGUCAGUUCUGGACAACGAUGCCAUAAAUGAAAACCCUAGCGCUAGCCCCUUGGCUAAGACUGCUGCCGGUGGGAUUAUGACAGCUGCGACUCCUGUUUCACACCCCACAGGUGGUGUAAUUGAAAUAGGAGUGUCCUGUGCUUCUACAAGUUCUGAGCCUUUUGUAAAGUCCCAUGUUGCUGGAACUGAAAACGCUGCUACAAAUUUAGGGUCUCCUGUCAUUUCUUCCCCAGCUCGUAAGAUGACCGAACUACAACUUAAUAAGACAGAGGAUCAGAAUACUUUGAGUUUGAUGGCUACCGAAUCUCCGGUCUUGAAUAGAAACCCGACCUUCAGCAGUGGGCUGAACUUGACUUCCGAUCCAAGGAAAGCAGUGGAAAUUUCCGAAACUACCCUUGUCUCUCCGAUAGUGGUGGGAUCUCCGUCGAAAUCUAGCUUAGAGAAAACAGCUGCGAAGUCUUCGAAAAGAAAAUCUGAGCGUAAACCCAGGCGAACACCUAAAUCUGCAGGAAAAGAGACUUCUAGAAAAGGAAAUAGUGUAAAGGGGGCUGCACCUUUUCAACAUUUUCAAAGUGCAGGCAAAGCAAAUGCUGUUAAUCAGAAUUCUGGUUCUUCUACUCAAAUCACACACUCUACUGAGAAACAGCAAAGUCUUCAGACUCCUGUUCUUAAUUCGUUUGGCACCCUUUCAGCCCCCACGACUAGUCUACCGGAUAUGAAUUCGACUGCUCCCUCAAGCAUUUUUCGUCGACCUUUCACUGACUCGCAACAAGUGCAACUACGUGCACAGAUUUUUGUUUAUGGUGGUCUGAUCCAAGGGACAGCACCCGAUGAAGCGUAUAUGAUAUCUGCAUUUGGUGGUGCAGAUGGUGGGAGAGGCACUUGGGAGAAAGCAUGGCGUGCUUGUGCUGUAAGGGCUCAGAGAAUGCGUGUUUCUAGUCCUGAAACGCCAUUGCAAUCACGUGCAGGGAAGACAGAGACCCCGUCAAUGAGUCACACCAGUAGCAAAGCGAGUUCAGCGACGAAACCCAUAAUUCCACUCUCAUCACCUUUAUGGAGUUUGUCAACUCCCCUCGAAACUUUACAAUCAAGAAGCAUUCAGAGAGGUUCAGCUGCUGCACCACUGCCUUCUUCAUCACAUGCUCAUCAAGCUGCAUCGGUUACGAAUAUUGGACAUAAUACGGCUUGGAUGUCCCCUCUCCCUUACCCCAACCCGUGGCUUGCUUCUCCGCAGACCAGUGGGUUCGAUGUUGGUUCUCGUUUCCCCGUUUUCCCGAUCACCGAAUCUGUAAAAUUGACACCCACAAAAGAAUCGUCCUUGCCUUACUCUGGCGGUAAGCAUGUUCUGAGUGGAACUUCUGGCAAUAUUUUCAAAGGGACACAAACACUUGAGCCAGCCAGUACAGUUGUAGCACCUGCUCAACACUCCACUGGGACGAAAUCAAGGAAACGGAAGAAAAUGCCAGUCUCUGUGGAGUCUGAUCCAAGCAUUUUGAAUUCGCUACAGCAGACAGAAGUAGUUGUCUCACCUCUUGUUUCUAUAUCAACACCUGUACCUAUUACAGCUGCUCCGGGUAGUCUGACUUCUAACGCAGGCACCCUGCCCAGUGUUGAUUCCAUCUCUGCAGUCCCUAUGAACCUGGUAUCUACGUUCCCUGGAAAGAAAAUGAAAUCAUCUUUGCAAUCCCCAAUUUUUGGUGGUAACCUUGUAUCUGAAGUUAAGCAGAGAUCUGUGUUACCGGCAGAUACCAUUGAUAAGCUUAAUGAGGCUAAGAUGCAUGCAGAGGAUGCUUCUGCUCUCGCUACUGCAGCCGUUAGUCACAGCGAAUACGUAUGGAAGCAGAUAGAGCAACAGAGGCAUGCUGGCCUCCAGCCAGAAACUCAAGGCAGAUUAGCUUCCGCUGCUGUUGCCGUAGCUGCUGCCGCUGCAGUGGCAAAGGCUGCAGCUGCCGCCGCCAAUGUCGCAGCUAAUGCGGCAUUUCAGGCAAAAUUAAUGGCUGAAGAAGCAUCCCUUCCUAGUGUUUCUUAUCAGGGUAAUGAACUCCACAAGUCAAAUGAUGUACUAACUCAAGGCCAGGGUACCCCUGCUUCUGUCUUGAAGGGUGAAGGUGCAGUGGUCAGCUCCAGUCCGUUCCUUAGUGCUGCCAGAGAGGCGGCUAAGAAGAGGGUCGAGGCUGCCACAGCGGCCACCAAACGAGCUGAAAAUGUGGAGUCCAUUGUUAAGGCAGCAGAACUGGCAUCAGAGGCGGUUUCACAAGCUGGAAUACUUGUUUCAAUGGGUCAUCCUCCGUCGCUCAAUAAGCUGGUGGAGGUGGGUCCAAGUAAUUAUUGGAGGCAGGCUCAAGAAUCUGAGAAAGUGCAGCCUUGUAAAGUGGGUGUAUUAGAAAAAGAAACUGAGACUACUAGUGAUAGAGGUUUUGCUAGUCCCAGCACUGCGCAUACUGAGUUGGAUGGCUCCGCGAGAACAGCUGAUGGUCUAGGUCUAGGUCUAGGUGUAGUUUCUGCCACUGGAAAGAAAACAAAUGGACAGAAAGGUCAUAUAAGUGCAGACGUGGCUAAACACACUGCUGGAGUUUUCGAGCCAGAAGUUGGGUCAAAAUCUUCGAUUGACACCCAGACUGAAAGUGAGCAGAUUAUGAAAAAAGCAAACGACGAGUGCAUCAAGGAAGGUUCUCAUGUAGAGGUUUUCAAGGAAGGACCUGAAUUAAGAACCGCAUGGUACUCUGCCAAUGUAUUGAGCUUAGAGGAUGGGAAAGCUUAUGUGCUGUUCAGUGACCUCUCUGUAGAACAAGGAACAGAUAAGCUGAAGGAGUGGGUAGCCCUCAAAGGUGAAGGUGAUGAGGCCCCGAAAAUAAGAACUGCUCGUUCUAUUACUGCCCUGCCAUAUGAAGGAACCAGGAAGAGGCGCAGAGCUGCCAUUGGGGAUCCUGUUUGGAAACUUGGAGAUAGGGUAGACUCGUGGGUUCAUGACAGUUGGUUGGAGGGUGUUAUCACGGAGAAGAACAAAAAUGAUGAAAAUACAGUGACUGUGCAUUUUCCAGCACAAGGAGAGACUUUGACUAUCAAAGCUUGGAAUCUUCGUCCUUCUCUUGUAUGGAAAGAUGGAAGGUGGAUUGAAUGUUCUACUUCAGGAGAAAGCAUCAGCUCGUCACAUGAGGGUGAUACUCCAAAGGAGAAGCGUCCUAGACUAGGAGCUCCAGCUCCUGUGGCUGAAGGAAAAGACACGAAAAUGGAAACUGCCGUUGAUCCGGAUUUAGGUAAACCGCCUCAGACUGGUGUUCUUGACCUCGGUGUUUCAGAGACUACAUUUAACAUCGGGAGAAAGGAGGGCAAUCCUGGUCCACUCCGAAUGAAGAGAACCGGUUUGCAAACGCAGGGAGCAAAAGUGAUCUAUGGUGUCCCUAAACCUGGAAAGACAAGGAAGUUCAUGGACGUGAGCAAACAUUACGUUUCAGAGGCGAGCAAUCAAACUCGGAAACAGAAGGAACCAGCUAAGGCUGUGAAACCAAUUGUGCCCCAAAAUCCAGGACCAGGGAGCUGGAGAUUGCCUUCUAAACCGAGAGAAAAACAGACAACAACAACAACGAAGCCCAAGACUUUCAAACCUGCGCCCAAGACCAAAGAGAAGCCGGUUGCUGCACCUAGGAUAAUUCCCCGCAAGGACUCUCGUAAUACAACAUCCUUAAAUAUGGAAUCUGAAGAUGCCGUUGGUCAGAGUGGAGAGAACAAAGGUCCUGCAUCAACUUCCAGGGAUCCAGCCAAGGGAACAGGGGAAGAGCAAAUCACAUCAUCUUCACAAGGCCAAGAUAGUUCCUCCUCGACCACUACUGGGAAAGGGAAAGUGGCUCCUACUGCAGGGAGGUUACCCAAGAUUGAAGAGGCCAAGGCGUUGGAUGAUAAUUCUUCAAAAGCAUCAGAUGGAAUGGAACCACGUAGGUCUGUCCGCAGGAUUCAGCCAACUUCUAGACUACUUGAAGGUCUGCAAACAUCCAUGAUGACCUCAAAGAUUCCUUCCAUGUCACACAGCAGAAGUCACCAAAGUCAAAGGAAACAGUAACUCUAGAGGCAAGUAGGUAAUGGAAGGAGCAAAAGCUAAGAAGAAGAAAGAGGCAGUCUCUGCUGCUGUUAGGUUGUCCUAAAUUUAAUAUCGAGCUCUGAGAAAAAUACUUUCGUUGUUGGCUAGGGGAGAGAUGAUAUGUUAUUGUAGGUGUGAUUAUGAUUUUUAAGUUAGAUUAUAUCUCAGACUGCAAAACUCGAACUCCAUCGUCAUCAUCACCACUUCAGAAAUCGUUCUCGCUACGGCUACAGCCAUUGGAGAGCGGAGGCGUAAGGGAAACUGGAGUAAAUGAGCAUCAGCUGAUAUUGACCAACGAUAACGAUAUCCGCUGAGUGAAAUCCUGGUGCUUUAUGCUUAUCGCUUAAAUCAGAUUAAAAUAUUGCAAACAGUUUUUCUAUAAAAUUAUUUUAUAAAAGAAAUUUAAAAGCGAUCUGAAACGA